AUGAUGAUGCCUCGUCCCAGAAUUCUCCUCCUCCUCCUCCCCCUCGUCGGCGUCUUCGCCGCGAGCACGAGCGCCUCUGAGACGGCCGUCGGCGACGGCGACGGAGGGCAGGUUUACAUCGUGUACCUUGGGCAUCUGGCUUCGCCGGACCAGUCAGAGUCCGAGGAUGGUGUCUCUGCUGUAGAGUUUGCUCAUCACGACCUGCUGAACCAGGUCCUUGACGACAGCAGCUCUGCUUCAGAUAGGAUCCUCCGUAGUUACAAGAGAAGCUUAAAUGGAUUCGCAGCAAGGCUGACAAAACAGGAGGCACAUGAACUAUCUAGCAUGGAUGGCGUCGUGUCAGUCUUCCCAAGCAUGACCUAUGAGCCGUUGACCACAAGAUCGUGGGACUUCUUGGGCUUCCCUCAAACGCCCAAGGACGAGCUACCGUUAGAAGGAGAUAUCAUCGUCGGCAUGCUCGACACCGGCAUAUGGCCCGACUCGCCGUCCUUCUCCGACGACGGCUUCGGCCCUCCGCCGAGCAAGUGGAAGGGUGUCUGCCAGAACUUCACGUGCAACAAUAAGAUCAUCGGAGCUCGCGCCUACAGGAGAGGGUCGAGCGAUGGCCUGUCGCCGCUCGACGACGAGGGCCACGGCAGCCACACGGCGUCCACGGUGGCCGGGCGGGCGGUCGGCAACGUCAGCUUCGACGGCCUGGCAGCCGGCGUCGCCCGCGGCGCCGUGCCGGGCGCCAGGCUCGCCGUCUACAAGGUGUGCUGGAGCGGUGGCGGCUGCGGCGGCGCCGACAUCCUCGCGGCGUUCGACGACGCCAUCGCCGACGGAGUGGACGUCAUCUCCUUCUCCAUCGGCGGCCCGAUGCUGAGGCAGUACUUCCUGGACGUGGCGGCCAUCGGCUCCUUCCACGCCAUGCGGCGCGGGGUGGUCACGUCCACGGCGGCCGGCAACUCGGGGCUCUCCGGCGGGCGCGUCUGCAACGUCGCGCCGUGGAUGCUCUCGGUGGCGGCGAGCAGCAUCGAUCGCCGGUUCACCGACAGGAUCGUUCUCGGCAACGGCGAGACCAUAGUGGUGACCGAUUUCUUUAUUGAUCGUAAUGAAUACCUAGGGCACCUGCCGGAGCUUGAAGAAGCUGAAGGUUUUGCAGCUGUAGAAUUGGCUCACCACGACCUUCUAAAUCAGGUCCUCGACGAUGACGGCAGCUCUGCUUCGGACAGGAUCCUCCGUAGUUACAAGAGAAGCUUCAAUGGCUUCGCAGCAAGGCUAACCGAACAAGAGGCUGAUAAACUAUCUAGCAUGGAUGGCAUAGUGUCAGUCUUCCCAAGUAGGACACAUAAGCUCCUGACAACAAGGUCAUGGGAUUUCUUGGGCUUACCUCAAACCCCGCCGGAAGAGCUACCCUUGGAAGGAGAUGUCAUCAUCGGCAUGCUCGAUGGCGGCAUAUGGCCCGACUCGCCGUCCUUCUCUGACGACGGCUUCGGUCCACCGCCGAGCAGGUGGAAGGGUGUCUGCCAAAACUUCACCUGCAACAACAAGAUCAUCGGUGCUCGCGCCUACAAUCAAGGAUCCAGCACCGGCCUCUCCCCGCUCGACGAGGACGGGCAUGGCAGCCACACGGCGUCCACCGCGGCCGGCCGGGCGGUCGGCGACGUCAGCUUCGGCGGCCUGGCUGCCGGCACCGCGCGCGGCGCCGUGCCGGGCGCCAGGCUCGCCGUCUACAAGGUGUGCUGGGAGUGUUGGAGAUCCUCCUGA